GGCCGCCGUGCAGCUGCUGCGGAUGUCGGUACAUGAGCGGAUCAGCGCUGCCGCUGAAGACUUCCUGCUGCAGGUGGAGAAAGGAGGAGAGGCUCAAGUCCCGGAGCUGAGAGCGAUGCUAACCGAGCGGCUAAUGGCGGCGGAGGAGGAGAUCCUCGCGGUGCUUGAGGAAACCUUGUUAGAGUACGAGGAGCGAGUGGAGCAGACAGAGCGGUCCGAGCGGGAGAUCUGCCGCCAGAGGAGGCUGCUCGAUGCCGUGAUGCAGCCCGAAGUCCGGCUGCACAGAGCAGUGUGUCCUGCAGACGUCCAGCAACUGAUGGUGAUUAAAGAAGAGGUUCCCCCUGAGGAGCAGCAGUGGAGCCCCCUUGUGGACCAUGAAGACCCAAAGCCCCCCCACAUUAAAGAGGAACAUGAAGAACCAUGGACCAAUCAGGAUGGACAGCAGCUUCAAGGACUGGAGGAGGCUGAUAUCAAGUUCACAUUGACGCCUGUCGCUGUGAAGAGUGAAGAAGAUGAGGAGAAACUUCAAUCGUCAAAGCUUCAUCCUAGUGAGACGAAGGAGAACAGAGCGGACUGUGGAGGACCAGAACCAGCCAGGAGCUCAGGUCCUGGUGGACUUUUACAACAAGGUACUGAGGACAAGAGUGAAGACUCUUCUGAGACUGACGAUAGUGAGGAUGAUUGGCUGGAGACCAGGGAAUCUCAGACUGGUUUAAAUACAAGAAACAACAAACAGCCUCUAAGUGAUAUGGGCAAACAAUUUAGUUGCCCUGAGUGUGGUAAAAGAUUUAAGAAAGGCGGCAGGCUAAAGAGACAUAUAAGGAUUCAUACAGGAGAGAAACCGUUUAGUUGCUCUGAGUGUUGUAAAAGAUUUAGCAGUAGGGACUAUCUAAAUACACAUAUGAGGAGUCAUACAGGAGCAAAACCGUUUAGUUGCUCUGAGUGUGGUAAAAGAUUUAGCCAAAGGGGCAGUCUAAAUAAACAUAUGAGGGUUCAUACAGGAGAGAAACCGUUUAGUUGCUCUGAGUGUGGUCAAAGAUUUAGCCAAAGGGGCAGUCUAAAUACACACAUGAUGAUUCAUACAGGAGAGAAACCGUUUAGUUGUGCUGAGUGUGGUCAAAGAUUUCACCGUAGCGACAGUCUAAAUACACAUAUGAGGAUUCAUACAGGAGAGAACCCGAUUAGUUGCUCUGAGUGUGGUAAAAUAUUUAACGAAAGGGGCAAUCUAAAUAAACAUAUGAGGAUUCAUACAGGAGAGAAACCGUUUAGUUGCUCUGAGUGUGGUCAAAGAUUUAACGAAAGGGGCAGUCUAAAUAAACAUAUGAGGAGUCAUACAGGAGAUCAACCGUUUAGUGGCUCUGAGUCUGGUAAAAGAUGAAAGAUUCAGUCCUAUUGUACGAGACGUGAGGAUUCAUUAAGGAGAGAAGUGAUUUAGUUGCAACAUUUGCAACAAAAGUUGUAUUAGGAUUUAUCAGCAGAUAUUCAUAUUAUGCAUAGUUCACUGUUUUAAAUAGACUAUUAACAGUUUUGAUGUCCCUAGAAAAUAUAACUCAUUGAAUAACACGAAAGAUUGUGUUUAUAUAUCUUGUUUCUACUGAUGCCUACAUAAUGCAUCUAUUUUUCAUAAUGUCCUUCAUGUCAUUUUAGGGUUAAAGUGUGUUCCUGGCACAGUAUGAAUGUGUGUUCUUUUUUUUUUUACUUUUUAUUUCCUUUUGUCGAAUACGGUCAUACAUUACAUCGUUUUUAACAUGAAAUUAGGUGCCACGGGUACAAGUCUUCGGUUACUGGGGUUAACUGUCCAUGUAUGUCUCGGGUCCAAGCCAUCAUGAUCCAGAUAUAUCAGAAUCAAGUUACUGAUUAACAAUGUCCACAGACACAAAUCAUCUCACAUAACAUUACAUCAAGACAAUAUUCUGAAAUAGCAUGGCCUGCAUAUGUCCAUUGCUUUAAAGGGAAAACAAAUGGAAAACAAAAGCAAUAUAUAUAUAUAUUUUGCUCAUAUCAGAUGGAAAUGUAGAGCAAUCGGGGACCAGUUGUUUUUUAAAACCUCUAUUUUCAGUUGUAAUAGGGCAGCCAAGUAUUCCAUCCUGUACAUAUCUUGAAUUCUACCCCUCCAUCGGGUUGUUGUGGGGGGCUGUGGCUUCAGCCAGGAGGCUGAUAGUAUAUUUGCUAUUAAAAGAAGGACUCUCAGAA